AUGGAAGGAAAGAAACAAGUUAUAAGAUUGUUAGCUCGAAAUGUUGGAAAAAUUUCAAACUUUUUUGAUGAGCAUAGUGUGUGGAAAUGCUUUAUUUCAAAUGCUUAUAGAUAUGAAAAUGAAAAAUGUGAUAUAUAUAAUAAAUUUUUAAAAGAUUUUAUAAAAAUAAAUACCCAUUUUUGUCCAAUAAAAUCAAAAAAAAAAAAUCUAAGAAAUGAACUUAUAAAAUAUUUGAGAAAACAUUUAAAAAAUGAUGAAGAUUUUUAUAAUUUGGGAUUUACGGCCAUGAGGCAUUUAGGCCGAAUUAAAAAUUCGAUAUUACAAUUGGAUAGUCAAGCUAAUAUUGGGUCAGACAAUAUUUGGUCAGACAAAACUGGGGCAGACAAAAUUGGGGCAGAUAAUAAUGAUAAUCGCUAUACAUUUUAUUCAAACUUAAAAAAUAUUAACUAUCUAAUGAAUAAAAAACAAAUAUGGGCUUGUGAAGAUGAAAAAAAUAUGUUUAAAAAUAAUAUACACAUUAUAGACAUAAAAAAAUUGAACGAAAAUUAUGAUAAUAACAAUAUAAAAAUUUAUGGAAAAACAAAAAAAAAAAAAAAAAAAAAACAUAUAAAAAAUGAUGAUAUGUUUUUGCAAAAAAGUAAGAGAUUAACUCAGGUUUUAAAAAAUUGUAUAAAUAAAAAUAAUACGAUAACUAAUAAUGAACAUAUUCAAUCUGAUGAUAAAACACAAAAUAUAUCAAACUUAUCUAUUUUUAAAAGUGGAAAUGGACAAAAUGAAAUAAAAAAAGGAACUAUUUUAAUUUCACACCCAUUAACCUCAAAUACAUUAUGGAAUAAAUCUGUUAUUAUAAUUACACACAAAGAUAAAAAUAAUAUUGUAUAUGGUUUGAUAUUAAAUAAACAUCCUUUAUAUAAUAAUAAUAUGUGUUUAUCUAAAGAAAAGCAAAUUAACAAAAUAUUAAAUAAUUUAUAUUCAAAAAAAAAAAAAAAAAAAAAAAAUCAAGAAUUACAAGAUAAUCAAAAUGAUAUAUCAGAUCAUAAUUCCAAUAAUAAAAAUUCUAAACAAAUUCAAAAAAAUAUACAACCAUCUAUUGAAAAGGAUCAAAAAUCGAUUGCUGAAUGUAGCAAUGUUAUAGAAACAGAUAAAACAAAAGUUAGUGAUAAUACUGAAUUAGUUGCAACAAAUCAAAAUUUAAAUAAUGCAAUUGUACCAAAUUUGAAUGAAACUAAUGAAAAUACAAAUGAUGGAAAAUAUGAUGAUUUUCCAACAUUAAAAGAUUUACAAGAAAUGUUUUUAAGAAUACAAUUUAGAACAACGUCAAAACAAUUUGUAAAUAAAAAAAAUAUUAAAAAUAAUAAUUUAUUUAUUUUAAUGGAUGAACAUUUAUUAGAUAUAAUUACUCAUUAUAUUAUAAAAUUAAAUAAGGUUCCAUUAUAUUUAAGAUUUUUACCUUCAUAUAAUAUUGGAUCCAUGACAGAUAUAAAAUGUGAAAUUAAAAAACUUGAAUUUUUAAAUGAAUUUUAUAAAAUAUAUUUUGAAAAAUAUAACAAAUGGAAAGUUGUUAUUAUAAAUAAUCGAAUACAUAUUUUCGAUAAAGAAAAAGAAAAAGAAAAAAAAAAUAAAAAUCAAUUCCAAAAUAAAUUAAGUUUAAAAAAUUCUAACACAAUAAGACAAAAAGAUAAUACUGAAAAAACUGACAAACAUAAAUUAACAGAAAAAGAAAAAGAAAAAAUUCAUAGAAAAAUACAAAAAUUUAGAGAAACAAAUCAACUAACUAAUGAUGAUGAUCAAUUAGAGAAAGACAAACCAUAUCCCACCGAAAAAAAAAAUAAAAAACAACUUUUAAGGACACGUGCAAAGCAACAAAUGUGCGAAGAUGAAGAGGAAGAUGAUGAAGAAGAGGAUGAUGAGGAUGAUGAGGAUGAAGAAUAUGAGGAAGAUGAUGAAGAAGAUGAAGAAGAUGAUGAAGAAGAUGAAGAAGAUGAUGAUGAUGAUGAAAACGACUCUGUAGUUGAUAUAGAUAAACAAACUUUUGAAAAAUUAAAAAAUGAAAUAAACACAAAAAGAAAGGAACAAAAUAAAAUCUCAUCAUCCAUAGAAAAAAUAAAAUCAAAAUCUGUUAAUAAAAAUUAUUAUCCUGGAAAUCCAGUAAAUUUAUUCUGGUUAGGAGGUCCAUUACCUGGAUUAACUAUUUUACAUAAUAUAAAAAAAUUGUCAAAAAAUAUCAUAAUAAAUGAUGUAUUAUAUGAAGGAUAUAAUGAUGAUGUAAAUUCUUCAUCUUUAAAUGAACAUAAUAUAUUUGGUAAAACAAAUUAUGAAUUAAAUGAUGAUAACAUUCAAACUGACACAAAUAACGAUAAAUUAACUAACCCUGUUAAAACGGAUAAAGAAGAAAAAGAUAUCGAAAUAAAAAACGAAGAAAAUGAAAAUACAGAUUGUGAAAAAAAAACAAAAUUAAUAAAAAGAUUUAUAGGAAAAGCAACAUGGGAUUUAAAUCAAUUAAUAGAAGAAUUAAAUAACGAUUAUUGGAUACCUAUAAAUUGUGAUAAUAAAGAAUUAUUAUCUAAAAUUAUUUUUAAUACAACUAGCGAAGGAAAUAAUAAUAAUGAGAAUGAACAAAUGGCUAGUUCAGAUAUGUUUAAUACAUAUCAAGGAGAAAAUUUAUGGGAAAAAAUAUUAUCAUCUUUAAAUAGUGAUUAUGAAAAUAUUUCGAAAAUACCACAAUAUGUUAUAGAUAACAUUUUGAAAGAUUUCAAACAUGCUGAAAAUGAGUAG